UGAAAUUAAUAUAUGUAUGAUAGUAUUUAUUUUUUGUUUAAAUGUUUUCUCGAGGAAGCUACUUCCGGUGUUACACUGUUAUUGGUCCUCUAGACACGGCCAUUGCGCGCUUGCUGUAUGUAGUGUUUCCGCAUGUAGUGCGUUCUGAAAUCGUGGAAAUGCAUUUAUCUCAUGAACUGGAACUUUUCCCUGACCGAAAUGUGACGCAGAUACUUUUCAAAGAUGUCAAAAACGCCGCCGAGCUGAGACAAAAUGCAGUGGAGGGGACAAUAACCGGUGCCUUGAUCAACCCCACGAUGCUGGUGAGUCCCUUCCAAGUGCUGGUGGCUGCAAAUAAGGCUGUCCACUUACACAAAACUGGUAAAAUGAAGACAAGAAGCUUGUUUUCCGAGAUCAUCUUCAACCUGUCACCUGCUAAUAAUAUCUCAGAGGCCUUCAAAAGAUUCGGGAUUUCGGAUGGCGACGACUCCGUCCUAGUGGUCUUGGUCCACAACAAAGAGGACUCACAAAUUGUGUCGGACAUCACAGACAAAGUGGACGGACAGCAGCUUCCACCGGAUGACAUUGCCUCCCUCUCGGACCAUGCAAAGAUUAAAAAGCUGUACAAAAUCACGCCCCAGGAGGAGGAGUGUGGAACUCUUCUGGAUGCAGUCGUAUGCAAAAUGGCCACCAAGGACGUUAUGUAGAUGCUACUUUCAUCUUUACAUAAUGUCAAUUGUUAUAUAUCCUCAAGCGUCAUACCAAAUAAUCUCUGAAGAGUGUGUCAUAAUUUGAAUUUGUUACAAAAAUACAAAAACUUAAUUGAAAAUACUUUUAUAUAAUUUUCCAGUUCUCCCUCCAUUACUGAGGUAUCUUAUGGACCAGUCAGUCAGUCUGGGAAGUUUCCAAGCUCGUCUUUGCCGAUGUUCCCACCGCUUAGAAUGCAUACAACGUCCUUCCCCUCAAGUUUAGGUAUCUUGUUGGAAGCGAUGGCAGCAAAAGCAGCAGAACCCGACGGCUCCACCACCAUGCCCGCCUUGUAGAGCGUGGACACGCCUGCCUUGAUGUCCUCAUCGCUCACCAGGACUAUUCCUUCCACGUAUCGCUGGCACAGCUCGUAGGGCAGCGUGCCUGAAGAGAAUAAAUGGACAUGAAGACAGGAGUCAAGUACUUCACCGUGUCUAGAUUCAUUUUCUAAUAUUAACAUUGAAGGCUACGAAGUGUACUCAGAACAUUUGUUCAGUUGUGCACCCUUAUUUUAGUUCUUGAGCGCUACUAGAUUCAAGAUUCAAGAGAGUUUUAUUGUCAUGUGCAUGGUAAAACAGCAGUUAUACUACGCAAUGAAAAUCUUAUUCUGUUCAUUCUCCCAAGAAAAGAAAGAAAACACAAGAAAGAAUAAGAACAUGAGAAACAUAAACAUAUAUACCAAUAAAUUAAGCAACAACAACAGAAGAGACAUUAAUACGGAUAAAUAAUACAAAUAAAUAAAUAAAAGUGCUAUGAG